AUGGCCUCGACUUUCUACACUCCUACGGGUGAGUGGAUCGCCCUUGCAGGCAUCAAAAUCUCUGAUCCGGACUCGGCGGAAGGUAUUUUGUACCUCAGCAUAGCUGUUCAUAAUGGAAAGCUCCGAGUGGCGCUACCUCGAGCGAAUAGUGAUGGACCAACAGCACUCCAAUCGACUGCUAUCUCGCAAACACUCAAGUUUGCUAUCACCGCAGAAUAG